AGUCAUUCUGCGUUUUCAAACAUUUUCACUUUCUGUUUUACUCAGAAGAUUUAGAUCUAGAUUCUAGAUCUCUAGAUCUAUGCCUAUGCUAAUAGUAAUACCCUAAAUCAUAAAUCUAAAGUCUAGAUCUAUCUAUACCCUAUAGAAUAUAGAUCUAGAAUCUAAGUCUAAGUCUAUAGUAUAUAAAUAAUAUAUCUUCCCUAUCGUUGGCUAUUGUUGUAUUUAUUCUACUGUCACACUGUGACUGUGUCACUGUCAGUCACCAGUCACUGUCAGUGUGAGUGUCAGUGUGUGAAGUGUGUGUCCACUGUGUGCUGAUCCGUUACUUGAGUUACACUUCACUUGUAGUCACAGUCACAGUGUGACUACUCAGUCUCAGGACUACUUCCAACUACUGUGACUCACUGAGCCCAUGAGACAGAAUCUGUUUAGAAAUGUCUACUUUAGAAAGAAUGGGGAUUCAGGGCAUCCGCAGUUUUGGUCCAGAUGAAGUUGACUUUCAGUCACUUAAAUUUUUUACACCAUUGACUCUGAUUCUUGGGCCUAAUGGCACGGGCAAAACUACUAUAAUUGAGUGCUUGAAAUAUGCCACAACUGGAGAUAUGCCACCAGGAUGUAAAGGUGCUGGAGCAGCUUUCAUACAUGAUCCCAAAUUAUGCAAAGAGAGAGAGAUCAAAGGUCAGAUCCGAUUGAUGAUUCAAGAUGUUUCUGGCGCUAAGCUAAUGGUCACGAGGUCUAUGAAUUCCAAGCUUAAAGACAGCACAGGCAAAAAAAUUGAAAUGAAAACGCUGGAUGGUGUUUUAACAAGGUACUUACCUGAUGGAGAAAAACAAUCCACUACCUCACGUUGUACUGAUUUAAACAUUGAAAUGAUUGGAGCCCUGGGUGUGUCAAAAGCAGUCUUAGAGAAUGUGAUAUUUUGUCAUCAGGAAGACUCUAAUUGGCCACUAGGUGAAGGGAAAACUGUCAAAGAAAAGUUUGAUGCCAUUUUUGCUUCAACAAGAUAUACUAAAGUAUUGGAUGAAAUAAAAAAAUUGAAGCAAGCUCAGGACCAAGAGAUCAAAGAGGGUAAAAAAGAACUGGAAUAUUUAAAACAACUCAAAACAAAGGCAGAAGAGCUACGAAAUUCUUUAGAUGAUAUUGAGUCAAAAUUUGCUGCUUCAGUGGACAGUGUUGAAAAAAUUAAUGGAGAGCUAGAACCUGUCAGAGCUGAGUUACUAAAGAUUAAUACUCAUCAAAAUGAAAUUUUUAAACUUCAGACAUCCAAGCAAAAAUUUGUCAGUGAAAAGGAACACAUUGAGAAAAGUAUGAAAGAUUUAAAAGAAAAGAUAAAGGAAAAUUUUACUGGCUCUACUACAGAACUGAAGAAAGAACUGAGAGAUUUCUCUGAGAAAGUUCAAAAAAAGAAAGAUGAACUUUCAGAGCAAGAAAACCAACAAGAUAGACUAGUUAGUGAACUAGACAAGUUGGCUAAAACCAAAAGCAAUGUCCUGAUGGAGAAAGGGAAGCUGGAGAAGGAAGCAGAGAUAAAUGCAGAAAAUAUAAAAAAAAGAGAUGCCAAGAUUUUUGAGGUAGCAGCCAUGUAUGACUUUGAAGGUUUUAGUAAAGGUCAAGAAAUCAGUGAUGAACUGUACCAGAGAUUUUUUGAAUUUGUUAAGGAAAAGUUGACUUCUCUGAUGGAGCUUGGAAAAAGAAAAAAAGCUGAAUUUGAGGAGAAAGAAAAUCGAAUUCAGGAGAAGAUAGAUGCUUUAAAAGAGAAUAAAACUAAAUUGGAACAUGGAGAGAAAAUGCAUAAAGACACUAUAGCCAAAAAUGAAAUAGAAAUCAAAGACAUUAAUAGGAAACUCACAAAGAUGAUUACAUCUGCUGACCGACUUGAAAGUCUAAAAUCAGAUCUAAAUCGUGUAGAGAAUCAGCUGCAUGAAGUUGAAGCGUCUUUGAAUGUAGAUGAUGCUAGGGCAGAAAUAGCCUCCCUUGAUAAACAAAAGAAACUACUGGAUGCUUCUAUAAGUGAACUGAACACUGAGAUAAACCGUCUCACUAAACAGUCAGCUGUUCAGACACAGCUAGAUAUGCUGAUAUCUAAUCAACAGGAAAAGGAAUCUACCAUUGAGAGAUUAAGACAGCUCCAUGAGGAUAGUAUAGUCAGUCUCUUGGGACACAUUCCUUUGGAUAAUCUUAGAGAAGCUGUCAGUGAUUACAUAAGCAAUCAAACAGAAACUGUCAAGAAAACCAACCUGGAGCUAAACAAACAGAAAACUCUGCUAUCUUCUAAGCAGGCUGAGAAAAACUCUCUAGGAACACAGUUGCGUCAGAAGGAAGAUGAGCUGCGAACAUUAGAAGAUAAGAUUUACAAUGUUUGUGAAAGUCAAGAUUUGGAUGAGGAAUUUAAUGAGGUCCAGAAAAAUCUGACUCAAGCACAGGAAGAAAAAGGUUCCCUUCUUGGAGCAGAUCACAUGAUCAAAAAAUAUAUCAGAAACUUGGAGAAAAACAAUCCUUGUUGCCCUCUGUGCACUAGAGGCUUCCAACAAGCUCAGGAAGUCAGGGAACUGAUACUGAAGCUCCAAGAACAACUCCGCAAAGUUCCCAUCAACAUCAAGAAAGCUGACGAAGACGUAGAGAAGUACCAACAAAAAUAUGAUGCUAUCAUGCAGUUGAAACCUUUGAAAGAAAAGUCUGUCAGUUUGAAGGAAAUCGACAUUCCUGAACUCAAGUCAAAAAUCAAAAAGUUAGAUGAUGAAUUGAAGAGUAUUAAGGACAUUAUCCAAACUAAAGAGGACGAGGUCAGCAUACAAGAAACUGACUUGCAGAUAGCCAAAGGUUUUCAUCCUGACAUUAUUGACAUGGACAGACGAAGGGGAGAAGUUAGAGAACUGGAGAGAAAAAUAGAAGCCCAAAGAGCUCUUUUGCUAGGUGGGUGCUCUAACCGUCAGAUUGAGCAAGUUAUGAAAGAAAGAGAAGAGAAACAGCUUGAGCUGGAUACCAUGAACCGUACGCUGGACAGCCGUAGAGAUAAACUUAGUGAUUUCCAGGAGCAAACUCAGAAACUAAGAAGUAAAGUGCAUAGCUUACAGUCAGAGAAACUAGGCCUCGAAGGGGAACUGCAGCAGAAAAUAAAACUAGAGGAGCGAAAGACCACCUUAGCAAGUGACAAUAAAAACUAUCAACGAGACAUAGAUGAAGCCAAAUCUCAGAUCAGGCCUAUAGAUAGCCAGAUUCAAAAAUUACUUGAGGAGAAAGGGGAGGUAACUAACAGUAAAGACAAGAUGAUGGAAAAUGCCAGGGCAGAUGUGGAGACUGUGAAGAACAAAGGGACAUCUGUGAAAAAUUUGAACACAGAGAUCAAGAACUACAACCAGUCUGGAAAGCUAGACAAGCUGAAGGUUUGCCUUAAAAAAGAGAAAGAACUAGAUGUAGAGAAGCUGAAGAAAGGAGAGUUACUAGAAGAGCUGAGUGUCGCUGUGAAGAAAAUCACCAAUGAAAUCAGCAACCAGCAAAUAAGAGAGAGGGAGCUGCAGGACAUUCUGCUUCUACGGAACAAAGAAGAAGAGGUGAAAAGCUUGGAGGUUAAGAUCGCAGAGCUGCAGACUAAGCUUGGAGGGCUGGAUGUUAAGACGCUAGAAAAAGACAGGCAGGCUCUGCUUAGAAAGGAGACAGAACUCAACCAGAAGCAAAGCACAGCCCUUGGAAGGCAGCAAGGUUUUAAAGAUCAAAUCAAGUCUGUGAAAAACGAUUUAAACUCUGACAUGUACAAGGAAGCUGAAAAGAAAUACAAAACUAAAGUUAUUGAGAUCAAAACAACAGAAAUUGUAAACAUGGACCUACAGAAAUAUUACUCUGCAUUGGAUAAAGCAAUCAUGAUGUAUCACAAAGCAAAAAUGGAAGAAAUUAAUGUCAUUAUACAAGAGCUGUGGAAAAAUACCUACAGAGGCAAUGAUAUCGAAACUAUUCUAAUCCAGUCUGAGGUGGAUGAAACAACAGCUGGUGCAAUGAAGAACAGACGUACUUAUAACUACAGAGUUGUCAUGAGAAGAAAUGGCAUUGACUUGGACAUGAGGGGCAGGUGUAGUGCUGGUCAGAAGGUCCUGGCCUCUAUCGUCAUUCGCCUAGCUCUAGCAGAAACAUUCUGCACUAACUGUGGUAUUCUAGCACUGGAUGAGCCAACCACUAACUUGGAUAGGGCCAACAUUGAGUCCCUGGCCAUUGCUUUAGUCAGUGUGAUCAAAGAACGUCAAAGCCAGAGGCAUUUUCAGUUGAUAAUUAUAACUCAUGAUGAAGAUUUCGUGGAGCUUCUUGGCAGAUCUGAAUAUGUAGAUGAAUAUAUACAAGUCAGCAAAAAUCCUGAUGGUUUCUCAAGAUUAAAAGUGAAGAGAGUUGAAGAACUGCACUCUAGUUAGAUUGGAUUUCAAGUUGAGAAUCACUUCUUUGUAUAGAAAUAACUAAACUCUUACAAAGUGUUUUUACAAAUGUUUCUGUCUAAGCUUAUAUCAAUUGUGGGGCAUUAAGAAAUAUCAUAGUUAAGAUGGCAUUUACUAUUUCAUUAAUUACAAAGCUUAAAUUCUGGUAAUACUUUAUAGCCAUGUGCACCUCAAUAAUAUUUGUUCCUUGUUGUCUGAUUUUCUAAAAUAACCUUAAAAGCACUUCUUGUAUAAUGAUGUGCCUAAAGCAUUGCCCAUUUACUAAUGAAUGUUAAUUUUUAAAAAUAAUUUGCAUAAAUAAAAUGCGAAAGUAAAUCUGGUACUCCUUGGAAAAUAUGUCAAGUUAUGUGGAUUCAUGAGUUUAAUUUCUAAUAAGUUAGUUUUAAAAUAGCUACCAUAUUUUUCUGCAAAUACCCCUGAGUUAAAUUCUGUGUAAAUAGAAAAUGUUCUUAACAGAAUCUUAAUGUACCCCCAAACAGUUCAAAAGUUACAUGUUAACAGAUGCACUGUAUGCUUUCAUCUAUUAAGAUAUUCAGUCUUUUUAUGAUUGAAGGAAGCCAACAGUUUCAAAGUAUCAACUGUUGAAACUCAAAUAAUUUGUUGACCACUAUACCUGAAUGUGUUACUUGAUGUUGUCUUUCAAAUCAAUCAAUGAACCUUGUGAGGUUUCAAAAUGAAGUAUCUAAAUCAUAUGUUAGUGUCUAUGUUCAAACUUUGUGUAAGCUUUGAUUUUUAUCUAUUGACAAGUCCAAAAAAAGAAAAGGACUAGCAUUGUUUCAAAACUGUUAAAAUUGCAUUUUAUUUUGAAUUCCUUGUGUAUAGAGCAUUAUCUUUAAACUGUAUGAAUGAUUAUGUUGAAUUAUAAUGUUGUUACCAUUACUUGUUAUCAUGUAAACUUCAACAAUAAAAAUUAAUUACUGUUGA